CCGGGCGGUGACGUCAGCGCGGGGGGGCUCAGAGCUGCGCGAUUGGCAGACGUGCGCGCGCUGCUACCGAAUAUGGGACCGCGGCUCCAUUGAUAAAACUGCGGUGCGGGGUCGCGCGGCGCCAGUCCCCUUCGCACCGGCCACGCGAGAGGCCGUCUUCACGCUGGCGUUGUUCGUUAUUCCGCUUGGCCCGUGGGCCGAAGAGCAGGUGGUGCCGGACGGGAUGGGCACGGAUUCGGAGCCCCCGGCCGGCCCGCACCUGCUCUCGCUAGCCGACGUGGGUGUGCUAGGAUUCGACUGCGCUCUUAAACCGGCGCCCUUGCACAGCUCGGGAACCUCGCCGACGGACCUCAACACGCCCGUCACCACAUCAGAUUUACCCGCCUUCUUCCCCAGCCUGCUCGAGCCGCCGCCUAUAUCAGGUACAUUACCAGGCGAUGAACUAUCGUUAGGAUGUUCUCCCAGAAGACAUAAACACGAAUCUUCGUUAUCUCCUGGCGCACGCGCCGAAGAUGCGAGCAACACAUCGAGCGCGAGCGCCUCGCUGUACGGCCCACCGGCCGGCAGCAAGCGCGCACCCAGCCCGCCGCUGCAAUGGCUACUGCCGCCUGGACCUGGCCCCGGAAGUGUCGACAAAUACUUCCAGGACGAGUACGAGCAGCGAGUCGAGCUGCUGCCGCCCGAAUGCCAACCAGUAUACUGCACGCCUGCACAACAGUGUCCCGCGCCGCAACAUUGUGAAUACCGGCCACCACCACCGCAGCCGCAGCCACAGCACUCGUGGGAUACCCAGGAGUACACCGCCCCACCCCAGCCCACACCUGGACCCUCGGGUUUGCCAAAGCGCGAGCCCUAUCCCAGCCCCGUCAGCGACCGGCCAGUUCAGCUUGCCGAGUACAACCCCUCCACAAGCAAGGGCCACGAGAUCCUAUCACAGGUGUACCAACAGAGCGCGCAGCCGCUUCGCCUUGUCCCAGUCAAGCCCAGAAAGUACCCUAAUCGUCCCAGCAAAACUCCAGUCCACGAGCGACCUUACGCGUGUCCCGUUGAAGGUUGCGACAGGCGAUUCUCCAGGUCGGACGAACUAACGCGGCACAUUCGCAUUCACACCGGCCAGAAACCGUUCCAGUGCCGAAUCUGCAUGCGAUCCUUCAGCCGAUCGGACCACCUGACGACGCAUGUGAGAACGCAUACGGGGGAGAAGCCUUUCGCGUGCGACGUAUGUGGGCGAAAGUUUGCGCGCUCAGACGAGAAGAAGCGGCACGCAAAGGUACACCUGAAGCAGCGGCUGAAGCGCGAGCGCGGAGGUGCCUCGCAACAUGACCACGGGCAUCUCUAGCGCUCGGUGCCGGCGGGCGAGGAUGGCCCCAGCGGCGCCAGCACCGUAUCUGGCUCCCCGGCCUCCCCGCUAGCGGCCGAGCCAUCACUCCGCUCCUCCCAAUCUGCAGAAGAUUGAACUUUACUACUUUUUCACGUUGAAGUUAUCAAAUAAUUUCAUCGCUUAGGUGUAAAAGAACGUCUUUAACGAAGCUUUAUUAACUCUAAAUUCACUGAAUUUUAUAUAUCUUUUUAUACAUAUUUGUAAAUAUUACGUUAGGACAUGAUCCGCUCGAUGUAUUUAUUUUGUUUAGAUAGGCUAAUUGAAUGAACUCGACUGGGAACAAACGUAGAUAUGAAGCGAUACGGCCUAAGUGUCCAGUGUCGUAGUUGUUUCUGUGAGAGAGGACAGACACGUCUUCCGCGCACCCUUAGUGGCCGCGGCGCGAGUCUCAGCUCAACCGUACGUUGCUAUAGUCUCUGAAGUAACGUAGCGUGAACACAUAUCUUUCUUCUGGCGAUAGUCCAGUAGCUAAGCUUAAAUUGACUCUCGUAUUACGUCGAUCAUUCAUACGUUAAAAACUUGAUGUGAAUGCAUUAUUAAGUGAUGGUGGACAAGUGAUAUGAAUAAGCCUAUUCACAGCAAAACCUAGUUAGGGAAUAUUUAUCACCCUAACAAGAAAUCUGCAAAAUUACAUGUUUAUGUAACUCAAGAGAUUGUUAUCAAAAUUGAAAUGGUAAAUGUUUCCUAACGGAGUCUUCUGUCUGUCAUAAGUACAUAUUUUAUAAUUAAUAUUCUUAUACUUGACAAAACUAACGUGAAACUGUGCCAUUAUUUAACUUUACAACGUGCCACUGCAGUUUUUAUUUAAUACUAAGAUAACACGACUGCUGAUUAAGUGAUAACUAUUAUUAUAUUUUGUUUUGUAUUUCUAGUCGAAGAUUAUAGGGUGUGAAAUGUCGACUACUUCGUAUUAUGUUUACAGUAAUAAUGAUUAUGUGCGUACAUCUUUACAAUGUUUUUCGACAGCUGCUGUCAUGGUUUUCUCUUGCUCAAAUUUAAUUUAACUAAAUUGCUCAAUUCCGCUUCGUUUAGAUUAAUUACGUUCGCGUUUCUGUUAUAUAUUAUUUUCCUUUGGCUUUCAGAUUCUUUCCACUUCGCGUUGAGGCACUUGUUGCCAUGUCAUUUCACUAACGUUGCGUUCCCUCAGUGGCAUAUUCUUUUGUAUUGAGCGUAUUAUUAUAGACUAAUCUAGGAAAUAAUAGCGUAUAGCGUUUAUGAUCUCUUAAUCAUUAUUAAUUAUUUUGGAGGUAGGCAAAGGGCCCUAUUUAUAAUACUCAUAAGUUUUGUAUAGAUACAUUUAGUGUAAGAUUCAUUUUAGGAUUCAGUCACUGUGAUUACAUUGUUGCGCAAUUCAGGAUUUAACGUUUGAGUGGUAGGUGACCACCGUUAUUUAUUAUAGAUACUUAUUAGAGAUUCGUGAGUUUCUUUAACAUUUGUCAAUCGUUUUGGGCGUUAAUAAUUUCCUACAAGAGUACAAAGUAAAGCACAAAUUGCUUAUAAAGUUGAUUAUUAAACGCCUAUUUCUAGAGUGUAAUGAAUGUUUCAAAAUUGCCUUCUAGUUAUGACACUAUUGCAAUUAUGAUGUUCAGUAGUUUCAUACGAUGAAUCAAUUUUAGAUGUCAUUGUUCAUAAUGUAAUUAAUUUAUUUGAAACAUUUGCGCAUUAAUAACUGAUUGUUUACACAAAAGAAAAAAGUUAUGAUUAAACUGUCACCGUACAAGCAGUGAUAUAAAUACAACAGGGUGGGCCUUUCAGCAAUGUUGGUCAUUAUGAAUUUAGGAUAUCUGACAAUAAUAUUACUAACUCUUGCGCCAACAAUUCUUACUGUAUAUGAAAGCGGGACUCGCUUCAUUGCUAUCCGUUAGUGUCAAAGUUACAUGGGCAUUAUUUAUAGUUCUAAGGGUCGUAUUCUAUUCAAGUCAGGAUAUGAGUAUGGUUUAAAGCACUCGAAAUCAUGCUCAAGUCCCUGCCAUUAGGGUCGUAUUUCCAGUGCUUGUGUUUCAAGUGCAAUCCUGACUUGAGCAUUGAGUAGAGUUCUAGAAUACGACCCUUCGUGUUGCACUUGUACAACAUUCAUACUAUUCAAACGUUGCCACUGUAACCGUUCUCACUUCAUUCACUUACAAAGCAAAUCGCCACAAAAACAACAAGGUACUUUAAGAAUGUGGUGUACGAGUUUAUAAUGUUUUUACUGUUAUAGGAGAGACAAAAGUCUCCGAUAGACAAGGCUAGCGUAGAUAGGUUUUAUUAAAGAGUUUUCAUGUUAGUAGUCAAACGAGUGACGAUUGUAACGAAGAAGACUUAAAAAUUCUUAACAUUUUACGUAUGUUGCAUCGCGUUAUCCUUAUUGAUAUACGACGUUUGUAUUUAGGUUACGUGUUGCGACCUACCCAUUGUUUGUUACCUAAGCUGCGAGCGCGCACCGGAGCGUUAGUGGCCCUCUGCUGGUGCCCCGGUGCGGGAGCUCUAUACAUUUCACUAUCUAGAACUUAGUCAACUCUGUGAACGAUUAUUACUUGGUGGUGUUCACCUGUAAAGAUUAAAUAGGGACUCUACGAAUUUUGUGCAUGGUUAUUAUUUAAGCUGUCUUACGUGUUUCACCAGAGUGAAAGAUGUUGUUGAUGUUCUAAAAUAGUUGAUGUAAAAUUUAAAAUUUAGGUAUUGUUAAAUCUCACUAAUUUUUACUAAAUUCUAUUUAAUAUAUUUGUAAAUACACCUUGACUAAAUUUGGAUUUAAUGUGUAUAUAAGAGAAAAAAAGAAAUUUUUAUU